AUGCAGUCAAGAUAUCAUACGCCUACUUCUGCGUCCUCGUGUCGUAGCGCCGAGAAGCCUGGCAGUCGUGGCUUAGAGUCACAUGAUGUAGUUGACUCAACGCGAAGUUCAUUUGCCUCCCGCAUGCUUUUGCAUGUCCUUUCCGGUCGUGUGCUGGAGACUCAGCUUGACGAGGGUCUUGCGGAGUUGAUGGGGGGCAGUGACUCUUUAGACCUUGGUAGUGAUGAUGGUUCCGACAACUACGACUUUGGCGACGACAUGAACGCCACUUCUUCAACGGCGGUUUCAGUAACACCGUCCAUGUCUCUCUAUUCCAUCGCUCGCGCGGAGCAGAUGCUGCAGAAGACGGUACCGUUUGUGAAUGGCGGGCGACACAUUGCACUCACGGAAGAAGAUGUGCGCCGCAUUCGUGACAAGGAGCUGCUGCGUUUUUUGGAGACAAACUCCGCCAUUUUUGUCAAGUACCUCCAGCGCCGGGGCGAAGGUGCACCCGCAGAGGCAGAGACACCACCACCGUCAACCAACGAGGAGGUGAGGACUUCCAUUGACAUUGAACGGGAACUCGAAACACUGAGCCGGAAAAUUGCGACGUUCAUCACGGCCUUUGACAAUGAUGGGGAAGAGUAUCAUAUAUGUGUUGAUGGCGAGGGCAAAGUCCUCGUGCCGGUGGCCGCGGAAGAUGAAGAUGAAGAUCGACUCAGCACUGAGGUGGCUGCCGCAGAGGAGGGCGGCGAGGAUGAGAUCAGUAGUAGCGGCUGUCGCGAUGGCGAGAACGGGGAGGACGUGGCGGCGGUGCACGGGGUCUCUGUGGGUGUUUCCGGGGUUGUUGAGGAUGAGGUGAAGCGGCGUGAGAGCGCCAGGGGCGAAGUAGCGUCAACGGUACCCGCCGAGAAGACAGAGGUGCGUGCCUCAAAAGUAGUGACAGGCGAAACCCCGCUCUGUCGGCGACGUCUCGGUCGCAGCGUGCGUGUGCGUUCGCCACUCUCCGCAGUGGCGCAGAAGACACUGCCCGCGCCGCCAACACCUCCGCAGCAACCCCAGCAGCUUGAAAAGCCAAGGAAAGCAAAUAGGGCCAUAAUUGGGACAAGGCAACGUCUCCUUCCGACAAGAAAACAGCCGUCACUUCCGGUGCGAGGCGUCCGUCUCAACGGGGUUCAGAACCAACGAAUUGAGGAGAUCAUGCGCACAGAUUUCACAAAAGAGACGUCACCUUACGCGAUGCCAAUGGAGCGUCUCACGGCGUUGGAGGAGCGGUUGCGGUGGUUUCAGGAGGUCCGCGGCCCACUUGGCGUUGACGAGAACAACACCAUCGUCGACGACAGUGAACGUGACAAUUAUGACGAGGAAGCUUCCUUGUCGCCGCCGACACAGCAACAGAGCGAGCAACAACCGCAAAGAAGGAAAACAGCGCGCGAGCUUGGCGAUGCGUAUAUGCGCGAGGCGCGUGAGCAACGGGUAUUUCAGUCUCGAAUGCGUGCGAUCAACGCGCGGCUCUCGCAACUGCAUGAUUCCUUGCGGAUGGAGGUGUUGUGCCCGGCGGCGGGGGUGGAGCGAAUCGCUGGUGUGCCGCGUCCUAUUUGGUCACGCGAUGUGCCUCCGCCGCCAAGUGAAAGUGACGUUGCUGCCCUCCUGGAGGACGCCCGCCGCGAGAACGCCGUGGCGGUGGAAAAGGGCGAACCGACGGCUCCACCUGGCGGGGACAAGGGACUCGCCCACCUCCAGGAGAGGCUUCAACUCGCACUUCGCCGGGCUGAAUCCCUCGUAACGUCAUCUGCUUCUUCUCCGCUUGUGCCUUGA